AUGGACCUACAACAUCUGCUGCUCCUGUCUCUGCUGCUCUGGUCUCAGUCUCAGGCUGAAGUGGUGAAGUCUGUCUCUGAGUGUACAGACUUCUUCCUCCAUGAGACUCCUCCACAGAUCCCUGGGGUGUUGGAGAAUGGAGAGAUAAAAGACCAGAACCGAUACAAGCCAAUCUGCCAAACUUAUGCCGACCGGCGCAGGUUUUUCACUCUCUACGACAUGAGAAACAAGAUCCCGGUGUUUUCAGCAUACAAGUUCACAGGUGAAGGGACAAUCAAAAGUCCUGAUGUCAGAUGGAUCAUCGAGCCACAGCUUGACAGAAAUAUGGUUCCAGCCGAGUGUCAGUCAGAAGCAAGUGACAACGACUACAUAGAUUACAACAGAGGGUUUUUAUUUCCAAGUUCUUAUGGUUUCUCAGAAAAAGACAAGAUCUCAACUUUUACUGUGACUAACAGCGUCCCACAGGAAGUAACGUUUGGCAAGGGAAGCUGGAACAAAAUGGAGGCCUGUGUAAAAUGUGUGAUGAAGAAAUACUGCAUGAACAGUAACAACAGAAUUAAAGGGUAUUUGGUGACUGGAGCUGAGCCUGGUAAUAACCUGCUCAACAAUAACAUCAAUAUUCCUUCUGUGAUGUGGUCGGCCUUCUGUUGCUACAGCAGCAGAGAACGAAAGUGGAUCGCCAGUGCACACUGGGCCAACAAUGUCCCAGAGGAACCAACAGGCAAAUACAUGGAGACUGAGACUUUAAACCAGCUGAGAUUUAGAAAAAACUCUGCAUUUGUGAUGUUUCCUCGAAGUCAGUGUCCUCCUGAUACUACAGUCACUGACUUUUAUCCAGAGCUUAAUGACCAGAAAGACUGUAACUGUCCACCGACUUCAACAACUACUGCAUCUCCCAAUACCACGACUGCAGUAACUACCACGCAACUGCCUACUACCAUGCAACCUGCUACUACUACGACUACUACUGCUACUACUACCACCACUACAACAACAACUACUUCCACUACUACAAAAGACUCAAUCAUCGGAUUCAACCUCAAGUGGUGA